AUGAAGCUCUUCAUGAUUACUCUCAUCAUCGCCAUGGCCUCCACCGUCUCCGCGAACGAUCCCAAGUCCAAGCCUGAGCCUGAUUGCACUCUUAAGGCUCAGAAGUGCGACGGCAACCUUCUGGUGACUUGCCACAAGUUCGUCAACAAACAUAUAUGGGUACCUGAGCGCGUGUGCAAGGAAUGUACGGGCGGCGACAAGGAGCCGGUCUGCUACUUCUAG